AUGGAAGCGGCAUUACCACACUUUCACCGGCUAGCUUCGUCCCGAUUUUACCAGCAAUAUGCAGCCCCACCAGUACGCAUAUCCAGCAAUUACCUGCACGACAUCAUCCCCCAGCAACACCCGACCCUAUUGCAGCAAUAUCUGGCGUACUACAAUGAACCUUUAGUACCACUUGAUUUAUCACUCAAAGCAACUUCACCUAUCACCCCUCCCUGCACACCCCCUCCCGCUCAAAAACGAAAACCCCCUGAUGAUAACAAAAAUGAAAAAAAUGAUAAACCAAAAAUAUUUCGCCAUUUCGAAGACACAGAUGACAAUGCUAACGAUGAGUCGUUAGACAAAAUCCAAAAAAGGAAAUUCGAUGAUGAUAUUUCAAAUGACAGCGAUUCACCUGAAGCUAAGAAACUCAAAUUCACUAAACAAUUCUUCGAAGAGUUACGCAGUUGUCUUCCUAAAGAAGACUGUGAGAAAAGCGAAACAAGUUCCCCAGAUAUAGUUGAAAUUAGGGACGUGGAAGAAAGGCCGAAGAAAUCUCCUAAGCCUAUACAGCCGUUGAAAAAGAGCAAAGUCGUAAGAAGGUUGAUGUUCGAUGAAGAUAAGACAUCUCCAGUCAGUGGGACUAUUAUACGAGAUCUUGCGGAAGACGAAACACUAGUAGUCCGAAAGGGCGACAUCGACCCUGCAUUCAACGUGGUAGAAGUGACAGACGAGGCCAAAGCGCUGAUCGCCACUAUAGAGAACCGACUGGGGCGCUACAUCUGCAGGCUGUGUCGAAGGCUGUACAGCGACGCGUUCGCGCUGGCGCAGCAUCGGUGCUCCAGGAUCGUGCAUAUUGAGUAUCGGUGCCCGGAGUGCGACAAGGUGUUCAACUGCCCAGCAAACUUGGCAUCGCAUAGACGCUGGCAUAAGCCUCGAGUCCCUGGUGCAACCAAGCGACGCGAAGCUCCAACGCCUGAUACUGGUCGGUUCCCCUGCCACAAGUGUGGGAAGCUGUUCAGAAGACAGGCGUACUUGAGGAAGCAUCUCGUGGCUCAUGAACAACCUGAGAUUGAUGCUGAGAAGGAACCUUCAGCGUUCCGGCAGGUCCAUGUGGAGUAUCCUUACCAACCGGAACAAAUACGAGACAGCAACUUCAACACGUUCUGGAACAAGCUUCCACCCCAGCCGGAGCCAAGUUGGGAUGACGUCAGACGUUGCCCUUCGAACUACUCCUCGGAAGAUUCCAGAAGCCUCGACGUCACGGGGUCUGAGGACGAGGGGGGCGGGGGAGGGGACGGGUGACGUCGCGUCCUGCGGCCCGUGCCGCGCUUUCC